AUGAACGCCCCCGUUUUACCUACCUCCUUCCAAGCCCCCGCUGCUGGCGAUACCGCUGUCGUCGCCCCUACCGCCAUUCUCCUCCCCACCUACAGAUAUCCCCCUCCUCCGACAUUCACAGGCGUGCGCGAUGGUUUCGCGUGCGAGACUUGGCUCACCCAGGUUCGACGUUUUUUUCGCGGUGCGCAAGUUAUUGAGGCAAACCGCACUGUCACCGCUAUUGCCUACCUGGGCGAAGCCGGCCUCCUAUGGUGGGACGGCCAAUAUCGAUCGGACGGUACCGACUGGCUCGACUUCGAGAAAGCUUUCCGCGUGGAGUUCCGGCCUGCUGGUUUCCAUGACCAUUGCGAAGUAUAUAUGAACCAGGAAUCAAUGAGAACAAGAGAGGGAUCUUUAAUAUUAAUCCACCGAGAACAUUAUAUGUUACUCGGUGGCUUAAGUAAAUUGAUAGGACUCGCUGGAUCUAAUUAA